AUGUCGCCAUACGACAAGAAAUCUCCUGAUCCAGACGGCUAUCCCGAUCCUAGCCCAGAUGAGGAACCUCUCGCGCUGGAAGUCGACUGGACGCCAAAGGAAGAGGCAAAGGCAAAACGGAAGCUGGACUUUAUCAUCAUGCCGCUCUUGACUCUGGGCUUCUUUUGUUUGCAGCUCGACAGAGGAAAUAUUGCAAACGCCAUCACGGACAACUUGAUGGAAGAUGUUGGGAUCACCCAGAACCAGUUCAACGUCGGCCAGCAAAUGCUGUCACUUGGUAUCGUGCUGUUCGAAAUUCCUUCCAAUAUGGUUCUUUAUCGCGUGGGCCCAGGCAAGUGGCUUACCCUUCAGCUCUUUCUCUUUGGAACCGUCAGCACUUUCCAGGCCUUCCAAAACAACUAUGGGUCCUUCAUUGCGUCUAGAUUCCUCCUCGGAAUGACAGAGUCGGGCUUCAUCCCAGGCGGCUUAUGGACCCUCUCGACCUGGUACACGCGGACGGAAACGGCAAAGAGGGUUAUGUUCUUCUACUUCGGCAACCAAUUUGGCCAAGCCUCUUCCAAGCUUCUUGCAUACGGGAUCCUCCACAUGCGUGGCGUCGCAGGCAAGGCGGGCUGGUUUUGGUUGUUCGUCAUCAUGGGCAUCUUCACCAUUGCGAGCGGAUUCGUACUCGGGUUUUUCCUGCCCGACUCGUUCAAAAACCCUCACAGCACGUUCCUCCCGCGCGUUCGCAUGUUCACUGACCGAGAGCUCCACAUCCUACGAAGUCGAGUUUUGAUGGAUGAUCCCAUGAAAGGCAAGAAGAAGAAACGGAUUGGCCGGGCAGGGUUUAGGAAAGCGUUCACAAACUGGCGUCUAUACGUCCACGUCCUUGUGACACUGUGCAACAAUGGACCGCAGCGUGCCUUUGACACUUAUGCACCAUCCCUUGUGAAUGGCUUCGGCUUUGGUCAAUUAUCAAGCAAUGCCUUGGCAUCCGUUGGCCUGUUCCUGCAAAUCCCGACUUCGUUCGCCUUCAGCUAUGUUUCAGAUCAUUUCAAUAAACGCGGACCAACGGUCAUCACUGGGCUGAGCUGUCAUCUUCUCGGCUAUAUCUUCAACCGUGGCUUCACCGAGCUCAACGGCACCCGAGGAGCAAAGUAUUUCGGCGUCAUAUGGACGCAAACGUUCGGCACCUUCUCACACCCGCUCAAUAUCGCCUGGAUGUCCCUCACUUGUGAAGAUUCCGAAGAACGGGCGCUUGCUAUGGCCAUGGUCAUCAUGGGUGCCAACAUUGCCGGCAUCUACGGCGCCCAGAUCUUCCGCUCGGACGACAAACCGCGUUAUCGCCGGGCCUUCAGCGUGAAUAUCGCUGUCCUGGCAUUUGGUCUAGCCCUCGCGAUUUGGAGGUAUACUGACGACCGACUGCUCCGGCGCAAGGGCCGCCGCCAGAGCACCCUCGGCCCGGUGAAGUCUCAGUCACGAUCCCAAUCGAUGAGUGUUCAAGACUCGGAGAAGACGGGUACUCCGCCGGUCGAGGAACAACGCAAGGCGAUUGUCGAGCUCCCCAAGUGA